AUGCUGCUUGCCGGAACGUACCUUACCCUCCAACAACCCGAAUCAUUCACUCGCUCACAAAAACUGCACGUUACACACCAUUUGGACGGUGGCCAGGCCAAAAAAGAAAAGCCCAGCCCGAAAAUCCUCUACCCCUCCAUCUCACUGUCUCGUGCCAUAAGUCAGUCACUCACCUGUUCCCCUCCCUGUCGAACUUGCGCCCCUGCGCCGGGCUCUGAUCUACCAAACUACCUACCUUACCUACCCCAAAUCGCCUCCGACCCUUCAUUCCUGCUUGCCCGCCUUGCCUUAUACAUGAUUCCAUGA